AUCACAAUGACGCUGAAUUUGAAGGAUUCUGCAAGCGGCCUAUUGAGGAUGUCGGUUCUUGAAGGAAACUGCAUGUUACUUGAUAAGAGAUAAAACCCAAUGUCCACAUAAGCUUUCACAAACACAUCUCACAAACUCCGCUCAACACUCUUGAUAAGGGAAACAGCCUCAUCUCAACUCUCUAUCCAAUCUUCAUCUAUCUUGCCGCAUUUUGAUCCUAUAUUCAAGAUGGCACCCGCUGCUAUUUCCCCACCUGGUUCUCCAAGUCUCUCUGCCGCAUCCCCUUCAGACAUCGCAUCGUACCGUGGCUACCACCAUGUACACUGGUAUGUCGGGAAUGCCAAGCAGGCUGCUUCCUUCUAUGUCUCACGCAUGGGUUUCGAGCGCGUCGCAUACCGAGGGCUCGAAACUGGAUCUCGAGUGACUGCUUCCCACGUUGUAAGGAAUGGCAACGUGACCUUCAUCUUGACCAGCCCCUUGAGGUGUUUAGAGCAAGGCAAGAGAUUCAGCCGGGAGGAUGAGAAACUUCUGGAAGAGAUCCAUGCGCACCAGGAAAAGCAUGGUGAUGCUGUCAAGGACGUCGCCUUCGAAGUCGAUAACGUAGAUGCCAUAUACUCCGCCGCGGUCGAGGCAGGUGCUCACUGCAUAUCCGCACCCCGCGAUGUCUCUGACGCAAAUGGAACCGUUCGCCUUGCCACUAUUAGAACAUAUGGCGACACCACGCACACCCUUAUCCAAAAGAACACUUACUCCGGUACCUUCCUCCCAGGAUACCGUCCAGAGCCUACGGUCUGUGACCCGCUUUCCAAGUUCCUCCCACAGAUCCAGCUCUCCGCUAUCGAUCACUGCGUCGGCAACCAAGACUGGGAUGAGAUGGAGAACGCAUGCGACUACUACGAGAAAGUACUGGGCUUCCAUCGAUUUUGGAGCGUCGACGACAAGGAUAUCUGCACAGAGUACUCAGCUUUGAAGUCCAUCGUGAUGAGCUCCGCAAACGACGUGGUCAAGAUGCCGAUCAACGAGCCUGCCAAGGGAAAGAAGCAGUCGCAGAUUGAGGAGUAUGUCGACUUCUAUGGCGGCCCGGGAGUCCAACACAUUGCCCUCCGAACCGACAACAUCAUCCGCGAUAUCACAAAUCUGAAGGCGCGGGGUGUCGAAUUCAUCAAGGUCCCAGAGACGUACUAUGAUUCCAUGAAAAUGCGGCUGAAGAAGUCAGGCAUGACGCUAAACGAGGACUUUGAGACACUGAAGGGCCUUGAUAUCUUGAUCGACUUCGAUGAGGGAGGUUACUUAUUGCAACUCUUCACGAAGCAUCUAAUGGAUCGACCAACAGUAUUCAUUGAGAUCAUCCAGCGCAACAACUUCAGCGGCUUUGGUGCGGGUAACUUCAAGUCACUGUUUGAGGCUAUCGAGAGAGAGCAGGACCUGCGGGGAAACUUGAUCUGAAGAGGGAUUUGACUCGUAGCAUCUUCUGGCGUUUGGAGCUCGUGCGUAUAACACACAUAAUGCCGUUAUCUUGACAGUUUAAUCAAAGAGUCACAAAGACGUGUUCUCUGCAUGUUUGCCAAUUGUGGGUUUCUAUAUGACCCUGCCCUUUGAUGAAUCUAAGAAGGAAAAUAUUGUAGACCGCCGACCAAAACGCCCACCGAUCCGUGUAUUGCUUUUCUCACUAUAUAUAAAACGCCUUUCCAGAAGAUGCUGCCCAGAUAGUCCUUACGACAUUGGAAGGUUCCAGAUGAAGUCAAGCGUUCCAUCGUCAAAGCCCUGGAAGCUCUGCUGACUAUCCAGACCAAAAGGCGCCAUUGCCGGAUCAAAGGGCAGCGCAAGCCAGUCAUCAUCGGGCAUCAUACCAGUCACGCUCUCUGCGAGCGCAGCAAUGCCAGAUUCGCCAGCGUGAUGGUUGUUCAGAAAGUCCAUACCAG